AUGCAGUCAAAGCAACACGGUCUAGGAGCACCUUCAACUGACGCCUACGAGUCAGCUCCAGCGGAAGAGCCUGAAGAGGUGCGCAUCCUGCGAGCGGAAGUGCAGCUGCUAAAAGGCGGACUGGCGCGCGCAAGAGAACGCGAAGCAGCCGCGCUGCACCAACUGCAAGAAGUCGCGGCCGCGGCGAACGCCAAGUUGGCAGCAGCCAAUGCUGAGGUGGCGUCGGUGCGUGCUGAGCUGUCAGCGGCGAACGCCAGAGCGAAUGCGGUGCGAAGGGAGAAAGACGCGGCGAUGAUGGCGGCAGAUAGACGGAUAGACGCUUUGCAACGGGAGCUUUCAGUGCUGAUGGAAGAGAGGGAGGAGGCGGCAGAAGUGGCCGUGGCGGGACGGGAGAGUUUAGACAGAGCGGAGGAGUAUCUUAAAGCAUUGGAUAUAGCAAAAGUUGAGGUUAAGAAGCUUAGACUUGAAAGGGAUAUUUUGAUGGAGAAUAGGUUGCUGGAUGAGGAGAAGAAUAAAAGGGACCCGUCUGUGCAUGAACGGCUGAUAUUGAAGAUGGAGAAUUACGUGGGUCUGGUGAUCAGGGAAAUCGAAGCCAGUCAUCCUCCUCCACCUCCUCACUCUCCUCCACCUCCUCACUCUCCUCCACCUCCUCACUCUCCUCCUCACUCUCCUCUUCGCACUAUUCACUUCGGAGGAGGUACUCCCUCCCUCCUCCCGCCGGACCUCCUCUCCAGGCUCGUCGACACUCUUCGCCGAACCUACGGCCUUGCUCCGGACGCUGAGAUCUGCUUGGAGGCCGACCCUGGCACGUUCGACGAGGCUCGGCUCCGAGCCUGGGUGGAAGGCUCGGGAGUGACGAGGCUGAGUGUGGGAUGCCAGGCGUUUGACGAAGCCCUGCUGAAGGCGUGUGGGAGAUCUCACUCUCUUGCUGACGUGUACGAUGCUGUUGAUGCGGUGAAGCGCGUGGGGCUGGAAAACUGGAGCUUGGAUUUGAUAUCAGGCCUGCCAGGCCAGACCCCCGACAGCUGGCAGCACUCCCUUUCUGAAGCCAUCCGCCUGGGCCCCAGCCACGUGUCAGUCUAUGAUUUGCAGGUGGAGCAAGGCACAGCCUUCGGCCGAUGGUAUUCCCAAGGCCAAAAGGGGGGAAUACCAUCAGCUGAUUCCCCCGGCCGCUCCCCCCUCCCUGCCGACGAUCUUUCCGCUGACAUGUACCGGGAAGCUUCCAGGCAGCUUCGUGCGGCGGGAUAUGUUCAUUACGAGGCCCUCUCGUAG